GUCUUGACCGCGCAGACCCGUCAAGAUGAAGCUCAACAUCUCCUACCCGGCCAAUGGGUCGCAGAAGAUCAUCGAGAUCGACGAUGAGCGCAAGCUCCGUCCCUUCAUGGAGAAGCGCAUGGGAACCGAAGUUGCCGGCGACUCCCUCGGUGACGAGUUCAAGGGUUACAUCCUCAAGAUCACCGGUGGUAACGACAAGCAAGGUUUCCCCAUGAAGCAGGGUGUUCUCCUCCCCACCCGUACCCGCCUCCUCCUCGCCGAUGGCCACAGCUGCUACCGCCCCCGCCGCACUGGUGAGCGCAAGCGCAAGAGUGUCCGUGGUGCCAUCACCGGUCAGGACCUCGCUGUUCUUGCCCUGAGCAUCGUCAAGCAGGGUGAGGGUGAGCUUCCCGGUCUCACCGACACCGUUGUCCCCAAGAGACUCGGCCCCAAGCGUGCCACCAAGAUCCGCCGCUUCUUCGGUCUCGACAAGAAGGACGAUGUCCGCAAGUUCGUCAUCCGCCGUACCGUCACCCGUGAGGGCAAGGCCGACUACACCAAGGCCCCCAAGAUCCAGCGUCUGGUCACUCCCCAGCGUCUCCAGCGCAAGCGCCAGCGCGUUGCCCUCAAGCGCCGCCGUGCUGAGGCUGCCCGUGAGGCUGCUAACGAUUACGCCAAGCUCCUUGCCAGCCGUGUCCACGAGGAGAAGGCCAAGCGCGAUGAGCUCCGCAAGCGGAGAGCCUCUUCCAUGCGGAAGUAGAUGUGUUUGUCCGGGGGUUAAUGGUCGGGUGACGUCUCUGUUCUGACUAAGGGAAGAAGUAAAAAAAUCUCAGCGAUGGGAAGGGGGUUUUUUUCCUUUUUGAGUUCCGAAGCAGAGCGACCCAAGAACAAAGGCUCCUUGGGGAAGGAGGGGAGAAGGCGUCUGCGGGACCGCGACUCUGGCGUGCCGA